AUGACUGAUGACAGUUACAAGUCAAUACAAAAUAAUGUAGGACUUAAAGAAGGCACUGAUUCCGAGACAUUGGAAGCAUUUUUUAAAGCGUUGGAAGAAUGCGAAAACGAUUUAGAAGAAGAUAGUAGCAAUGUAAUCGGUGAUUCUGCUGUCACCCUGGUACAUGAGGAAGGCAGUAACAAUGGCGAUCAAUUUGCACAUCAAAAAGUAUUAUCGCAACAUCCGGAAGCCAGUGGAAAGCCAAACGGACAAAGCCAGAUUCUGCAAUCGGCACAUCCAUAUAAUGUAGCUACAAGGGUAUACAACCACAAUCCAAGGGAUAUUUAUAAAGUUGAUGCAGAUGUUGAUGCGUUGACGCUUUUAGAAGUUGUAAAUCUUAAGAAACGGCUGGGUAUCGAGACCAUGGGAGUCCGUGUGCCCAAACCUAUUGGAUCAUUCUCGCAUCUCACGGCUACAGUUGCUAUGCCAAUCUUAAAAAGGUUAAAUAAAUUGGGUUACAGUGAACCUACACCAAUGCAAUGCCAGGCGAUGCCGAUUCUGCUACAGGGUCGCAGUGCGAUCCUGAUGGGAGAAAGUGGCUGUGGCAAGUCACUUUCGUACAUUUUACCCCUUAUUUGCCACAUUUUGUGCUUUAUUCGCGAAUCGCAGACAGUCGCCCCUAAGCGCUCUGCUUUUUGCAUCAUCAUGGCACUCACUCGUGAAGUUAGCAACAAUAUAUUGACAAUGCUCUCCAAAUUGAUGAAGUCGCUCGUUGUAAGGAUUGCGAUGAUAACUUCAGGGUAUGACAACUACAGUCAAAUUGUCUCCGGGACGGAAUUCCUCGUGGUGACACCCGCAAAGUUGGGUGAUCUUAUAAAUCAACGUUGUUUAACGCUCGAUGCAACGAAUUACAUAGUGGUUGAAGGAUUUGAAAAAAUGUAUCAUAAACAUCCAACCGAAGUAGAAGCCCUGCUGAGUCACAGAUGUGCCAUCAAAGUCGUACUCUCCAAUGCCAUUCUUGGAGUGAAGACGCUUACCGCUCUACGGCAAUACUUAAAAGGGGCCAUUACAGUCAAAUACAUUGUCAAAAAAGCGUUGUCAGGGACCAAUUUAAAGUGGAUUGCAUGCCUAAAGGAGCCAAGCCAUGUACAGAAGGCAACUUUUAUUGCCAAUCUACUAUCGCAUUUCCACCAGUCUUUUCGCAUGAUAGUUUUCGCUAACGAAAGAAUAAGUGUUGAAAAUAUCUGCAGUUAUAUCCAAAAUAUAACUGAAAAUGUGGGAUUCGUACACGACGCUGUGGGGAAAGAUAUCACUGCAGAAACACUGCGACUAUUCCGUGAGGGGAAAUUGCAUGUUUUGGUUACGACAGAGACGACGUUGGGAAAUGCUAAUCUGCCAAAGGUUGAUUAUGUUGUUAUAUAUGACAUGCCACGAACAUUAAACAGGUUUUGCUGGCGCGUCGGUGUAGCUAGUGCAUCGGAAAAGUCUGUUGUGUACAGCUUACUAACCAAACAUGAUCACAUCAUAUGCGCACAUAUCUGUAAUCAACUGUCUGAUGAAGGUCUAGAGUUACCGCGUGUAUUGGAUCAGGUAGCAGUCAACUGGAAGCCUUACCGACAUUCUCGGCGCCACAGAAAGGAUUCACGAGGCCAAGAAAGUGAGCACAAAGAAGUAGAGAUUGCAAUGCGUGGCACAACUCAACUUGGUCGAGAUAGCGAAAACCCUGCAUACGACGACCUAAUUUCAACACGCCGCGGCAAUGUAACAAAAGCCACAGAGCCGGAGGGUAUACAACUGCGUUUUGAAACGCAUGAAUCAUCGGAGCAAACGCAGAAUUACAACUGUGAGGUUCACGAUGGCCGUAGCUACGAUGCAGCAGAUGAAUUGCCUUCGGAUGAUGACGUUGAUGCGCCCCCUAAACGUCAGCUGGCAUAUGCGUCCGGGUUAAUAAACUUGGAGAAGCUAAAGCAGCGGCGCCUUAGGAUGAUGGGAGAACAACACGAAAUGUAG